UAAGCCCCUCCCCCGCCCUCCGACAUGUAUCAUAGUCCCGUCAAAACCUCUUCCUGGUGCGAGCAAUGUUGACACAUCACACCUAGCGCGGGUGCCGAGAAACAAGCGGGCGUCUGGCAAAUGACACGGACGGCGUCCGCGCGGGGAGACGGUGCGGCGAGAGGACGACGGAGCUCCAGAGGCGUCUGACACUCGUCGUCGCCCCGACUCUUCCUGUUCGAUCUUCGGGGCCGCACGAGGAGACGAUGCCGUCGCGAGCGAGCGUGCAGCGAAGACGCGCGCGAUAAUCAAGGUGAACGCAGAGAGAGAGAGAGAGAGAGAGAAAACCGUCGCCGUUCAGCCCCCGACUCUGUUUCCACUCUUGGGGUGUGUGUGUGUGUGUGUGUGAACAAAAUGAGGUUUCGACUACUCAAGAGGAACCUGCUCGCGCUGCUGCUCGUCUCCUUCGUGGUCGUGACGCUCCUGUUUCUGUCCAUCGUCUCCGAUGGCGACGAGAGCGGACCCCGGGACGGGGGCGCGCGCGCUGGCGAAACGGUGAAGUUCAACUUCGGCUCGCUGCCGGAGUUGUCCCGCUCCGUGUACGCCGCCAACUACAAGCAGUGUGUGCUCAACGCGGAGCGCUUCGUGGGCGAGCCCCAGCUGGUGCUGGUCGUGCAGGUCCACGACAGGCCCGAGUACCUCAGGCUGCUCAUCAGGUCGCUGGAGGAGGCCGCCGAGGUCCACCGGUUCCUCGUGAUCUUCAGCCACGACCAUUUCACGGAGGAGAUCAACGCCAUGGUGCAGGGGAUCACUUUCUGCAGGGUGGUGCAAAUCUAUUUCCCCUUCAGCACUCAGCUGUAUCCCAAAGAGUUUCCGGGCCAGGAUCCGCGAGACUGCCCCCGAGACGUGCCCAAGGACAGCGCUGUGAAAACAGGAUGCCUCAACGCGGAACACCCCGACUCCUAUGGGCACUAUCGGGAAGCCGCCAUCACGCAGACCAAGCACCACUGGUGGUGGAAAUUGCACUUUGUGUGGGAGCGGGUGCACGUGAUGCAGGGCUACAGCGGCUUCGCCGUCUUCCUGGAGGAGGACAACUACAUCCUGCCGGACUUUUUACAGUUCUAUCGGUCAAUGGUAGAGUGGAGGAAGAAUAGCUGCCCAGACUGCGACAUGCUGGCUCUGGGUAACCACAACGGCGUGACUGAUUUCACCAGAUUGUCCAACAAGGUUUCGACCACUGGGUGGAUGUCCACGAAGCACAACAUGGGCAUGGCCAUCUCCAGGGAGGUGUACUAUAAACUGAUGGGCUGCAGCAGCGAGUUCUGCACCUACGACGACUACAACUGGGACUGGACGCUGCAGCACCUCUCGGGGACGUGCAUACCAAAGCCCCUCAAGGUGCUUGUGGCGCAGGGCUCCAGGGUGCUGCACACGGGAGACUGUGGCCUCCACCAGAAGGGGAACUGCAGGCCAGAAUGGGCCGCGCAGAAGGUCGAGGAGGCGCUCAAGGUGGCCAAGCACGGCUUCUUCCCUCCGUCUCUUGCCCUCAGCGGCGCGGAAGCGGUGGAGCACAAGGCCCACAUGAAGAACGGAGGCUGGGGAGACGUCAGGGACCACAGUUUGUGCAACAACUAUGCCAAACGACUUUGAACUGUACCCCCUUUCUCACAAGUUGUACUCGGUGUUCUGCGAAUGUGCUAUCAUACACAACUUUUCAGGGCUUCGCAGGCUAUAAUUGGUCUGUCUUCCUAAGAAAUAGAACCAAGUCCAACCAUGGUGCAUGUACACAAUUUUUUUUUUUUUUUUACCUAUCACCAAAGCUACCCAGUUGCCAAAGACACUCUUGACAUUUGUGUUGUGUGUAAUGCAAGAAUGCAAGCUCAGUCAGGCGGUUCAAUGUCUUGUCACCGUAACUCUGGGCGUCUCAAAAGCCAAAACAGUAGGUUAGAGAUAUAUAUAUAUAUAUAUAUAUAUAUAAAAAACAGCGUAGAGGAGGGAGAGUAAACGACUAUAACACACACACACACACACACACACACACACACACACACACACACACACACACACACACACACACACACACACACACACACACACACACACACACACACACACACACACACACACACACACACACACACACACACAAUAACUGACAACACUGCACGGGAUGUUGUUUAUUCACCAAAAAGUUCCAUGUGCCAGUGAGCGGCUUUUUAUGGAACAUUCAGCUGCAAUCAUUUUUACAUGUGCUUUUUAUGGUACGUUUAUUUUUUUUUUAACGCAACAACAAAAAUGCACAUGUUAUGUACAGAUGUGUAGGUGUAAUCAAAAUGCAUGUGACAGUCUUCAGUGAGCUCCCGCUAUCUUUGGAGUUGUGUUACUGAAUGUGACCUUCAGUUUCUGUCGGUUUUAACCAAGAGGUCUUCUCUUUUUCCGAGUAAAGGCCGACAGACACCACUUGACUUAAUCAGCUACUACCCACUGCAUUGAUCCCUUGGUUGCAACAGCUGGAGCUUGAUAUUGAUUUUCUUUUUCCUUCUUUUUUUUGGUGAGUGUAUAUUUACUUAAUGAUUGGAGAAAAGGGACCUUUUGGAGUCUGGUUCACGUCAGGGUCGUCUGUGAUUCUGCAUUUCUAGAAUUGCACCUUUGUGGGUUAGAGUUGAUGUUUAGAAACUAAGACUGAGUGAACUACAUUAGAAUUUCAUGAAAAGGAAAGGCAGAUGUCACCUUUUCUGGAUUUCCCUCUAAUAUCCCACUAAAGCUGAAAUUUCCUCUAUAGAGUGUAAAAGGAGAACAACUGACAUAUUCAUAACCAUAUAUAGCGGACCAAAUGUGCCUUUUGAUCGAUCCUCUGUGCCCUAGCCUGUUUUAAAGAGAUUUUUAAAAGUGCACUGAUAACAGUGAAGAUGACUUCUAUAUUUUCUAGUGCUGCAGACUCAUAAUUGUCUUGAUAGAUAUUUUUGAUUGUGCCUUUAUUCAUAAGAUUUUGUGUGUUGUGAAAUAUAUUAAUGUGGGUGUUAAAUUCACACACAAAAAAAGUAAUCCUAAUUAUACAAUUAGGGAAAAUGGUUGCCUCACUGUGGCAUCUUGCUUGUACAGAUGACAGUGGCCCCAGAUAAGUGCCUUAACCUGCUUUACCUGAACUUGUUCCAUGUCACUGUGCCUUAUGGAGAUUCAAGAAAUAGGAAAUGAGUGUCAGAUGGGAUAAAUUAUCUUCUGUUUAAAUGUUGAAAAGCACAAUUUAUUUUUAAAUAACAUAAAAAUAUACAUGUUAUAAUGAAUUUCUCUGACGUAUGUGUCUGUUAAGUAUGUGUGUGUGUCUAUUAAGUAUGUGUGUGUAUGUAAUUGGGAUGUUUGAUCGUUCCAUAGUCGGUGAGAUUUACGGUUGUUGAAACAUUUUUAUUGCUUGUCUUUAUGUUCCUUUCUGACCAUCACUUGAAAACGCUGUUUGUUGUUCACUUAAUUUUUGCCAAAUUGGAAAUUAAAAGACGUUGAAUGUU